AUGUCAAGUACCUUGGAACCCCGGAAGUUCCCUCGCUCGCGUACCGGGGCUCCGGUCGGUAGGAGGUGGCAUGUCGUAUCAACAAUUCCUUUUCCAACAUUCUGGAAACACUUCCGGAAAUGAAGAAUAACCGCUGCCCGCCGUUGGCUGUGGACAACCGGAAGUGCAGAGUCUGCGAUUGUGCAAUGCGACCUGAGGCGACGUCAUCGAGUCAUGCAUGCACACCGACGCCUAAGAAUUGUCCAAGCAAGUGGUGGAUGAACGAAAGUGCCGACACGCAUGAGACCAACAAAGAGAAUGGUGCACUUUCGAUCAGCAGCGACACGUACCGAAAGUGCAACGACAUGUGCAUGUUGCCGCGCAACGAUGGCUACACACUAAGCACCACAACAGAUGAGACUGGCUGUCAGACGUGCGCAUGCGUGGAUUCAGAGCCGUGUAGAAUUAUCACUUGAUAUGUGGUAGUGUUGGUGAUGAUGAUGGUGGGGGUGAUGUUUUUUGAGCGGGUUUGUGGAAGUGAUGAUGCUGAUGAUGCUGACGAAGAAUAGUAGAAGGAUGAGAAUAGGAAUGAUUGUUAUGAUGGUGCCGAUAGAUUAUGAUGUAGAUGGUGGUGCUACUGCUUCUGAGGCUGCUUCUAAUAAUAAUGAUAAGGUUGAUUAUAAUCAUGUUGCUCACGAUGUUGAUGAUGAUUAUGAAGAUAUCAUGAUGAUGAUGAUGAUGAUGUGUCGGUUGAUGAUGGUAGCGACGGGGAUGCUAUUGUAUUUGAUGAUUAUGAUCAUGAUGUCGGUUCUGAUAAUGAUGAUGAUGAUUAUUAUUAUUUUUAUUAUUAUUAUUAUUAUUAUUAUUAUUAUUUUUAUGAUGAUGAUGAUGAUGAUGAUGAUGAUGAUGAUGAUGAUGAUGAUGAUGAUGAUGAUGAUGAUGAUGAUGAUGAUGAUGAUGAUGAUGAUGAUGAUGAUGAUGAUGAUGAUGAUGAUGAUGAUGAUGAUGAUGAUGAUGAUGAUGAUGAUGAUGAUGAUGAUGAUGAUGAUGAUGAUGAUGAUGAUGAUGAUGAUGAUGAUGAUGAUGAUGAUGAUGAUGAUGAUGAUGAUGCUGAUGAUUGUGAUAAUGAUGAUUA